CUCCUGGGAAUAAACUUCCGGGAUCUAUCGAACAUCGGUUUAUGUUUGUGUGUCUUUCUACUAGUCCAGUAACAAAGUCUACAGCAUAACAGGUCUACGAGGGCCUCAUCAGCACCAGUAAAAUCAAAGAGUGAUUUAAAGACUGAUAUUGCCCUUUCAUAAAACCACAUACAUUUAUGGACGAGGCUUCAUUCCCAGUAGUCGGUGUUGUGAUUGCUGUCGUGUCCAGUUUUAUCAAUGGAUCCACGUUUGUACUACAGAAGAAGGGGAUACUGCGAGCCCGCAAGUCAGGUGGGUCUUACCUGGCUGACUGUGUGUGGUGGUUUGGUACACUUUCAAUGAUCGUCGGACAAAUAGGAAAUUUUCUUGCAUACAAUGUUGCCCCCGCAGUUGUGGUCACUCCCCUUGGAGCCCUUGGUGUCUUAUUUGGGGCCGUUCUGGCAUCCUGGAUUCUUCAGGAACAUCUCAAUCUCAUAGGGAAACUUGGCUGCGCUUUGUGCUGUUGUGGUUCAGUUGUGCUCAUCAUUCACUCGCCCAAGAGUGAGAAUGUCACAUCAAGAGCCGAACUGGAGGAGAGACUUAUGGACCCAGGUUUUGCAGUUGGCCGAGACUGUUCCUCUGGAAUCAAUCUUCGUUGCGUAUAUGUCAAUGUGACGAGAGGAAACUCUAGUGACGGCAUUAUGGGUCAAGACCGAGGAAAGUACGAUUUCUAUAUAGGCCUCGCUUUGGCUAUAAGUUCCAGUAUAUUUAUUGGCGGUAGUUUCAUCUUAAAGAAGAAGGGACUCCUUCGACUGGCCAGAAAGGGCUCUAUGCGGGCAGGCCAAGGAGGUCAUGCAUACUUAAAAGAAUGGCUUUGGUGGGCUGGCUUGUUAUCAAUGGGGGCCGGCGAAGCUGCCAAUUUCGCUGCAUACGCCUUUGCUCCCGCCACCCUCGUCACUCCUCUUGGGGCUCUCAGUGUGCUGGUCAGUGCGGUACUGUCCUCGUACUUCCUGACAGAGAGGCUGAACCUGCAUGGGAAGCUUGGCUGUCUGCUCAGUAUCCUGGGCUCCACUACCAUGGUGAUACAUGCGCCUAAAGAGGAGGAGAUCGACAGCCUGGAAGACAUGUCCAAAAAACUGGUUGAUCCAGGCUUCGUGGUCUUUGCGACAGCUGUCAUCAUCAUAGCACUCAUCUUCAUCUUCGUUGUAGGCCCACGCCACGGGCAGACUAACAUCCUGGUCUACAUCACCAUCUGCUCAGUGAUUGGUGCUCUGUCCGUCUCCUGUGUGAAGGGAUUGGGCAUCACCAUUAAGGAGGCCAUCGCUGGGAAGCCAGUGAUGCGAAAACCUUUGGCCUGGCUGCUGCUGCUGAGCCUGAUAACUUGUGUUAGCACACAGAUCAACUACCUGAACAAAGCACUGGACAUCUUUAACACAUCCCUGGUGACACCCAUCUAUUAUGUGUUCUUCACCACCUCAGUGCUCUCCUGCUCAGCAAUAUUGUUCAAAGAAUGGGAACACAUGGGCACCGAUGACAUCAUUGGCACACUGAGCGGCUUCCUUACGAUUAUCGUGGGCAUCUUCCUGCUGCACGCCUUUAAGGACGUUAGCAUUAGCUUGGCAUCACUGGCUGUGUCCAUCAGGAAGGACGAGAGGAAUGGCCCUGUAUUAAACGGCAUGGCAGCUAACAACCACUCCAGUUAUGAGCUGCUACAUAAUGACAUCACGGAGGACUUUGAAGACAGAGAGGUAGGGUUGCCUUUCGACAGUGUCUCCAGAAGAAACGGCACUAUGACAGUUUCUUCGGUUCAGUGAGGAACCAGUAUGCAACAGUUCGUCUAUGAAAAUCUUUUGGCUGCUCUAUGGAAAAUUAGCAUUUUUCUUUCCUUUUCAGUGAGGAGAUAAACCUAAGACAAUCAACUAUAAACACGCAAAAAAUACAAAAAAGAUGGACCAAUCGAUUGUACUAAGGGUUUCAUUUAACUCAUUUUUGUUUUGUUUGUUUGCAACUAGACUACAUUGUAAGCUUAAAUCUCAUUCCUCAUGUAGCACUGUAAAUACACAACUGUACAUUUUUAAGAGACUUUUGUUAUAUUUUAUGUACACCUGUAUUUACAUGCACUGAGUUUCUUUCUACAAAAUCGGUAGUUGUUGACUUUGUAUUAAAGACAUCCAAAGUGAAAUUA